CGCUUGGUAUCAGGUAGACAUCAGUGAUUGAUACAUUGGCCAUGGCGGAGCAGGCAACAGCAGAGCAAGUUAAGUCCGUGGAGGAGCUUGUUUCCUUCCUAUCGCACCCGCGGCCGGAGCUGCGCAAGUCGGCGUCCAGUCUACUCAUCAACAUGACGGCCUCAGAUCAGGGAAUGUUCCAGUUGCUGCAGCUCAAGAAAUUCGACGUAGUACAAGCGCUUUGCCGCGUCGUGAGCGAUAUGCGCCCCAUUGCCGAGGAUGCUAUCAAGGCGCUUAUCAAUCUCACAGCAGCCAACCCAGCGGCUUGUGAGCGAGCACUUAAGUACGACCUAUUGAACCGUGUUAUGACCCAAGUGGAAGACUCCGAGUGGCGCCUCACCGACUAUUCCAUGAUGCUAUUGGCAAACGUAACCACAACGCCCGAAGGUGCCAAGGCGCUUCUCGGCUACGACGACAAGGCCACAGAUACCACGCUUGCUCUGCGUGAGAGGAAGAUCCGCACGCUUACCAACGCGUUCUUGGAAGGAGAACCAGAACCCGAUGGAGUGGAAAGCUCCACCGGCGAGCCCAAAUGGGACGACGAAUACCAGUAUGUUGCCAACAUCUUGGCCAACAUCAGUCAGCUCGAACAGGGCCGUGAUUUCCUGCUCAAAAUGCGUCAGAGCACGUCUCUUGCAGGUGCACUCCUACCGCAACUUAAGUCCCCUAAUGUCGUGCGUCGACGAGGUGUCACCGCUGCGCUGAAGAACUUGUGCUUUGACACAGACAACCACUUUUACCUCUACGAUCAGCUGGACAUCCCUACGCACAUGAUGGUAUUGCUUGCUGGCCCGGAAGAGCUCGACGAGGACGACAAAAUGGGGAUGAACCCGGUUGUGUACAGCCAAGGCGACAAGAAGAAGCGUGAGCACGACAGACUAGUUCGUCUUGCUGCUGUGGACUGCUUACUACUGCUGUGUACGACCCGCAACGGCCGUAAGGAGCUACGUCGCAAGAAAGUGUACCCAAUUAUCCGCGAUGCUCACUUGGUGGAGUCGGACGAAGAGAUUGGCGACCAGAUCUACAAGCUUGUGGACUUUUUGAUCCGUGAUGAAGAAGGCGACGAGCCUGACUGGGACGAGGUGCGUGCAAAGUCUUUCGCUGCUGAGCAGGAGACCAAGACGGGCGAGAACGGCGCAGUGGUGCAGCCUCCGACUCCGGCUGCUCCACCAAAGACAGUCGAGAGGAAACCAGUUACUGCGUCCUCGACUCUUCCUACGACUGGAGAAGACGAGGAAGUGUCGAAAGAUAUCGCUGACGGACUUGCGAACGAGAUUUCAGCUUUAGAUGUGAGCAGUGACGAAGAAGACGAGGACGACCUCGGUGUGGACUAA